AUUCCUCCAAUCCAAUGCCUUCAGUGGGCCCAUCCCACCACACCUACCGUCACUGCCCAACCUCUCUUAUCUUCAACUAUCCCACAAUCAGUUCACAGGAGCCAUCCCCAGCAACUUCACUCGCCUCACUUGGAUGAAUAGUCUAAACGUUCCAUUCAACAAUUUAAGCUCAGGCCUUGACGUGGUGGCUCAGAUGACAUGGCUCAACGUCAUAUCGAUCAAUGACAACAACUUCUCGGGUGUGCUUCCCGCGGCCUUCACAGCAAUCAGUAAUCUCGCCUACCUGGAUGUUGGAAACAACCAUUUUACAGGAACCUUCCCGGAUUUUAUUCUGCGCCUCAAGGGCCUUCCUUUCCUGAACUUGGGCAACAACAGUUUCACAGGGACUAUCCCCCGCGAGUUGACCGAGCUUGUCAACCUAUAUCACAUAAAUUUCAAUAGCAACAAAUUCUAUGGAACUAUCCUGUGGGGCCUGCUUGAGCUAACCGGUUUGUUCUUGCUGGAUGUAUCUAACAACUCUCUUUCUGGGGAACUCCCACGUACUCUCAGCGUCGAAAAUUCUCUUGACAUGCUUAACCUGGGAGGAAAUGACUUCACGGGCUCCUUACCAGACUUCUCACACUGGAACGUCACUUGUGCAGAGAUAAAUCUCAGCGGCAACAACUUCACAGGAUCGAUUCCCGACUCCAUCUCCACCCUCACGACCCUCAGUGGCAUUUUUCUCAACAACAACCAGCUAACUGGCACCAUCCCUUCAGCCGUCUUCACCAUGAGGAAAUUGGCAUACCUCUACUUGGCCAACAACCAUCUCACUGGCAGUCUGCCAGCUGCCAUCAGCAAACUGAAGAAUCUUGAACAGAUCUGGUUGGACAACAACAAGAUUGAAGGCCCUCUGCCAACCGGCCUGUGCUCGCUGCCGUGGCUGUGGCGCCUCUUGAUCAGCAACAAUUACCUCUACGGACCUCUUCCAGACUGCCUCUUUGACAAGUGUAUCACACAAAUUGAUGUGAGCGGCAACAGCCUGUAUGGGCGCAUCAACCGCGACUUCAAGAACAUGGUGACGACCAUGGGUGCCCCAGCCCGCGAAUUUGAGAGCAAAGCGGCGGAUGACAAUGCCCUCAUCAACUUGGCUCACAACUUCUUCUUUGGAGAUGGGGUGCUCUUUGCUGCCGGCUGCAAGGUCUGCCCCACUGAGAUCAACGAGCCCAACAACAUGGGCACCAGGGACACAUUUGCAUGGCAAAAGCUUGGUGGCAAGUGCGGCAUUCUUGCUCUAGAUAUGCCGGCGAGGGUGAGUCUGUCGGGCAACUGCCUGACGCUCACCCCGAACAGCAAGUGCUCAUCCAACGCCACCCAGCGCAGCACGGCAGCCUGCCAGGCGUUCUGCAGCAUCACGGACAACGGCCCGUGUGACGGCCAUGGGGCCUGUUUACCGGCUGACCCUGCCUCCCCCUUCAACUUCACGUGCCUCUGCGAUGGGGGGUACACCACAGUCGACUCGAGCAACGGCUCGUCCACAUGUGCCAUCGUCCACUCCACCACCACCACCAACACUGUGUCGUCUCUGUCGACGGGUGCCAUAGUGGGCAUUGUUCUGGGCUGCUUUGCUGGCUUCACUCUGCUAGCUGCGGUGGUCGCAUGGCUGCUGUGGCCCCGCGGACCAAAGAAGUGGGAGGGGUUGGACGUGUGUGAGCAGUUCUCGCUGCAGCAGAUGCUGAGUGCCACCAAGCAACUGGUGCGAGCCAUGGCGUCUCUCCACCACACACACCUCGUGCGCCUGCUGGGCUUCUGCCUGGACCAGAACGUGGAGACGGGCAAGCAGGAGCAGAUCCUCGUGUAUGAGUUCAUGGCCAACAGGGACCUCGAGUACCAUAUCCACAGGAGCAAGCGUCCACUCUCGCUGCGCCAGAGGUUGCGCCUGGCACAAGGAACAGCAGAGGGCCUGGCGUACCUGCAUGGGUUUGACACACCCAUCGUUCACCGCGACAUCAAGCCGGCCAACAUCCUUGUGACUGCUGACAUGCAAGCCAAGGUGGCUGACUUUGGGCUGCUCAAGCGCCUCACUCACGGCGAUGCUGAUGCCACUCGGGUGGCCGGCACUCCGGGCUAUGCUAUGAAGCUGGUGGAGGCGUAUGAGGUGGAUGAGCUGAGGGACAGCAAGAUGCCGGCGGCAAGCGAGGAGGCCAUAGUGGACUUUGCAGACCUGGCUCUGGACUGCAUCAAGUCUCCCGGCACACGGAGACCCACCAUGAAGGAUGUGGCGUACCGCCUCAGUGCCCUCAUUGCCAAGCACUGCCCCGACAGGGAGGACGAGUGGGAAAGCGCCGUGAGAGAAGAGAGUGAAGGCAACGAGGGUAUGUCUUCAAGGGAUGUUUCUUCUACAUCGUUUGAAGACAGUGGGAGGGAGUCUGGGAGGUCUCAAGGCUCGCAGUCUGGUGCGAGCUCAUUCAUGCGCAUUGGCUCGAUAGGUGAUGGCCUCAAGAGUUGGCUGCAGCUGAAGCCAACCAAAGGGCGUUGA